AUGCAAGGCGAGCGGUUGAACGUCGAGUUCCCGGACUCCUCUCGAUGUCAAGUGGCAACCAAGUUGACCAUCUCGACUGAAAAAGCGGGAAGCACCGCAAUAAGACGCGCAACCUCAAGCAACAUUGCAACGUCAGCGCUCAGAGUUGCGGAUUAUAUUCGCGACCAAAACAUCGUGCUUGGACCGCUCCAAACGGAUUAUACGGGGGUCGUUGCUGCCCGUUUGCCCGUGACUGCCCCCGUCGAAAUCCCGUCGAAUGCAACAAUGGACCAGCUUGGCCACAUUGACAGCAUGCUCGCCCAGCACGCUGCCGCCCGUCACCGCGAAAGUUUCUCCCAGUCAACCGACACGUACCGCAGGGUGCGUAUGCACCUUAGCACGAUGGCCAGCUCCCCUGUAGACAUUUUCCUCGCGGUAGAAGACCUGCGUGGCAUUCUGGGAAUUCCCCCGUUCGACUUGACACCAAUAUUUAGGGCGCCAGUAGUGGGAGAUAAUCCGGUGGCCAGCGUCAAUGUUGAGGCCAGUGAUCACAUUAAUGAAUAA